GGUCUCACUCAGAAACCCACGCGCAGUUAGUAAACUGAUCACUCUAAAUUACAAAGAUCAUGGCUCUAAUUGUGCGUCGUUUCAUCGUCAUGCCAAAAACCAACAUCGUCCAAAUUCCCAUUUGCGAGUCCUACCGGCAUCGACCCGGGAAUAUACUGCAGAUCACGCAUCACGACCGUAUGCAUACCAGCAGGAGGAAUAUUAGUCUCUCAAUAAUAUGUGAAGAUAGCAGGCGAGACAUCAGCAAAGGCCCCGGUGGGAAAAUCAAUGAGACGACGACGUUGAAAAAGCAGAAUGUUUCUGAUGAAAUCAGCAGCUCAAAGAGUAAUCAGAACGAUGGCAAGCAAAGUAACGGAGAUGCAAAAGCUACAACAAAAGAGACUGCCUCUACCGGUUGACUAAUGAUAAAUUUACGCUUUUUAAUUAAGAGAUAAGCUGUGUGAUGUGGAUUCUAUAUGAAUCAUGAUGGAAUAAGUCUUCUCUCCCUCUUUCUUAGACAUUUGUGUUUGUGUUCGUGAGUGUAAUUUGGUUGCUGUAACUGCUUUAUUUUCAGACAUGUAUAGUAAAUAAUCAAUAUUGUUAGA